AUGGAGGACCCGGCGCGAUUUGCGGCAGUGUUGAAUGGGGUGGUGAAGCGCACAUUCGAGAACGAUCAGCAAAUCACACCUGCCUUCAUCAAGGAGCAGGUCUUCCCCCAACACGAGGACGUCUCCGUCGACGAUGUCGCGGCCAUGUUCGACCGCUGUGUGUCGCUGGUCGGCGAGUCGGCCUAUCACAACCGCCAGCCCGCACAGCUCCAGCAGGCCCUCAAGAAGGCACGUCUCUCCACCACACGACGUGUCUCGGACUUCUCGGCCACGCAGCAGGAGAUCAUCGUCAAGUUCUGGACCCUCAACAAAGACAAGCUGCACGCCAAGGUGCGAAAGAACGCGAUGUGGGGCACGGAGCUGCACAAGUUCGCAUGGCGGAUCGACGUCAAGUCGAAGGCGCGCGCCGUCUCCGAAAUGAACGAGCCCGUCGCCAUCGUCGAACUCACCCUCGGCAAGAAGGUCCCCUACCUACAUUUGGCCUCGCGG